AUGAUGGACCCCCACGACGAUGUUGAACUGAGCGAUCUGGAAGAUGAUGCCUUCAUACCAGAUAGAACCACAGGGAAUCUCAAAGGCAAAUCGCCCAACAGGUUUCUAAGAUGGAUCCCUACCCGGAUGAGGACCUUUCUAGAAAAUAUGUCAAGAAUAAGGCUCGUGAUCCUCACCGUUAUUGUGUUUAUCCUUCUUCUUGUAUUUAUAUCAUAUUGGAAUGGUAGACUUAAAGACGUGUCGAUACCUGAGCAGUCCAUUGCCCUAUCAAAAGAAUUGGCGAAAAACCUUUCCCAUACAGCUAUUCCAGGAUAUGUACUUACAUACGCACCUUUAGUGUUCUUGGAUAUUGGAGAAGAAUUCUAUCCGAGUGAUAUGGCGGCUCACGUUUCAAAUACUCAUCCAACAAUAGACUUCACCCCUGUCAAGGAUGCUCCGGAAGGUCUGACCCUCGACAAUCUGAAUGAUCUAAACGACCUUGGAGGUGACAAAAUAUAUCUGACAUCAACAACUCUACUCACCAAACUUCCCAAUUACUUACACGGCCAAAAACCAGACAAGAAGACAUUGCAGACGGAAAAUGCGGUCAGCUGCGUGAUUGCCGUGGCUAAUAAAGAUGGCGGAAUUCUUGAUGCAUUCUACAUCUACUUCUAUACUUUCAAUGACGGUCCCACAGCACUAGGACAUAAAGUGGGGAACCAUUUGGGAGAUUGGGAGCACAAUAUGAUCCGGUUCAAAAAUGGUGAACCACAAGCGAUCUGGUAUUCUCAACACGAGUACGGUGAAGCGUUCACCUAUGAUGCCGUCAACAAGAUUGGGAAGAGGCCCAUUGGCUUCAGCGCCAAAGGCUCGCAUGCCAAUUAUGCUGUUUCAGGCGCACACGAUCUUCAUGAGCUCGACGAGGAAAUUCCCGCCCAUAUUGCUUUCGAUCAUACAUCUCAAGGUCUACUCUGGGAUCCUACUCUAUCAGCUUACUACUAUUCGUAUUCAGAUGAUAAAUUUUCGCCGGCCACCGACAAAACGCCGGUUAAUUACCUCUACUUUGAAGGCCAAUGGGGAGAUCAGCAAUAUUUGGACAGUGUUGUGGGCCAGGAAGAAUUCCAUGGCUUUCAUAAAUGGAAUAGCGGCCCACAGGGUCCAAUUUUCAAGCACUUGGAUAGAAAAAGUGUCUGCUUACCAAGAGAUGGUGGCUGUAUUAUUAAAGAGUCGCUCUGA